CCCGCUCCUGCGCGCCGUGACCCGGGGCCCGGCUCCUCACGGCGGCGAUGGCGAUGCCGAGACGAAGAGGCUGGCUGCCUGUACAUGUUGAGCCAAGUCCUGCUGAUGAGAUUCGCUCCCCAGCAGUGACGUGUGGCUGAUGGAAUGUGUACACGAUAUUGUUAUUACGUGGAGAUACAACUAUGUGAAAUAUGCAUUAUGCCUGCAUGUAUAGCGUUAUUGUAGUUACAUAUCGGAAUUCCUUGCGGAGUUCAGGCGCAUAACGCGAGUUUUCCGGCUUUAUUCUUUGGCAGUGACGAGCUGUUGUCUGCUACACAGUGCAUCGCUGUGCCGACUGGGCCACGUGAUGUGCAUUAUAACACCUCGCUGAUUACGCAAUGUGAUUACGGGGGCGAUGUGAAGGCGCAGCCCUGCAAGGGCUCGCUCGCCUCCCUCGUGGGGGAAGGGCUUCCACAAGAGGGGGGGCUCUAGGCAGAGGUUUGGCCGACUCUCACGCUGGCCAAACGUCUUGCAGCAAAGGUGAUUUUGAUUAAAUGACAUCAACGUUACUGCAAUUCACUUAUUUUAAUCAAUUGUUUAUGGUGUUAUUUGUUUUAAACAUUCUUGCAGUUCACUGUUAUUACAGUGUUAUGGUUAUUAAAUAGUGUAGUUCACUUGUACCAAAUUGCAAUUCUAUUUAGUCAGUUUUCACUUAUUGGUGAUAUUACUGGGUUAAAUAUUACAAUUCACUGUAGGGUAAUCUAACGAGUUAUUUAGUUAUUAAAUUUUGGUUGAAGUUAGAUGGUACUUUAGGAGACACGCUAUUGUGGAGUGUUUACGCUAUGGUUCAUCACGUGAUGAACCACAGGAUGUAGAAUCUUUUUUAACGGCAAAGGUUUGAUUUUAAAUGCAUUGUUUCAAACUUAUAAACCACAAGAAUAUAAUUAAACGUUGCUGCAACCGGUUUGAGUUAUUAUUUUACGAUACUACACCACACUGAGCAGUUUGGGUUAGUGAAGCAAGGGAGCAUGGAAGUGGGAGCAUAGGAGGUCGGUACAACAUUGACAUUUUGCUGCACUACCCUCUGCUGCUAAUCACGUAACAUCCAGCGUAUACAAUUGUGACGGCAGUGUUAGUCGUUGCCUGUGUGUGUGUGCGUGUUCCAGCAGCAGCUGUCAGAGCGGGACAACUACGGGCCGGUUUUAACUUUCAGAUCCUCAUCAGCAAUCACGUGUGCCUUUCAAGGAGGUUUUUUUGUCUCAUAAUAUUGACUCUGUGGUAAACGCUCCACACGUUAACCUUCGGGAGGUGUUUCUCUACAUGAGUGUUUUGACAACGCACCGUCGUAAAAAAUGGCGCCGGCGGGGCACGCAGGCGCUUAACUCGCAGCCCGCCGGAGCGUGAAGUGUCGCCGCUGCGGUUUUGAUGUGCGUGGCGUGGUGCUCGAGGCCGGCAGUGCACACCGGUUUGGAGGCGUUUAUCGUCGUCCCAACGCCGCCACCGCGAGCCGGAACACGAUCCGGUGCCCUUGCGCCGGGCGUGCCACCGCGACUAGUGCCGGUCGCCCGGGACACCGGCCCAUGCUCCCGGGCGGCGCAUGGCGGCGUAGAGCGCGAUGUGCCGGGGGGGGGCGGCGCCGGGGGCCAUGUCGGGCACGGGGAGCACGCGCAGGGAAGUGCUGCUGGAGCCCUUCGUGCACCAGGUGGGCGGCCACUCAAGCAUGAUGAAGUUUGACGACGACACCAUCUGCAAGCCGCUGAUCGCGCGCGAGCAACGCUUCUACGAGUCGCUGCCGCAGGAGAUGAAUGAGUUCACGCCGCUAUACAAAGGCGUGGUGUCGGUGCACUUUGAGGAGGACAGCGACGGCUACUUCACGCUCGUCGCCCACCUGUGCGCCGAGUCGGAGCCCGCGGGCGAGGCCGACGCCGGCGCCACCAGCGAGCAGCCGCGCCGCAAGCACUCGCGCCGCAGCUUGCGGCGCUCGACCAGCGGCAGCGAGCACGGCUCCGACAGGGCCUCGUCGGCGCCCGACGGCAGCGACACGAGCGAAUGCUCCGUGUUCACCACUAGCGGAAUGCAAGACCUCAAGAGCCCAAAGGUUGAGCUGCACAUCCAGUCGGAGGCUCCCUUCCAAAUGCUCGAUGGAGGGUGCAGCUCCUCUUCCGAGAAGAUCAGCUUCAACCCGUGGAGCCUGCGCUGCCACAAGAAGCAGCUGAACCGCAUGCGCUCCGAGUCCAAGGACCGCAAGAUGUUCAAGUUCCUGCUGCUGGAGAACGUCGUGUCCCAGUUCAAGCUGCCCUGCAUCCUGGACCUCAAGAUGGGCACGCGGCAGCACGGCGACGACGCGUCCGAGGAGAAGGCGGCCCGGCAGACACGCAAGUGCCAGCAGAGCACGUCCGCCCAGCUGGGCGUGCGCGUGUGCGGCAUGCAGGUGUACCAUACGGACACGGGGCACUUUCUGUGCCGGAACAAGUACUACGGACGGGGGCUGUCCGAGGAGGGCUUCCGCGAAACCCUCUUCCAGUUCCUGUUCAACGGGCGCCACCUCCGUCGCGACCUCCUUGAUCCCAUAAUCGCCAAGCUGCGCACGCUCAAGGCCGUGCUGGAGCGGCAGGUGUCCUACCGCUUCUACUCCAGCUCGCUGCUCAUCAUCUACGACGGAAAGGAGCGCAAGGUCGAGUUGCGGCGCCAGCUUUUGGAGGCGACAGGGCAGGGCAACCAGCAGGACGUCGCCGUCGCGACCACCGCCGCGGGCGGAGGCGGCGGCGGCGGCGGCACCGGCGGGAACGGAGGCGGCCUCAACACCAAGGUGGACGUUCGCAUGAUCGACUUUGCGCACUCCACCUUCAAGGGUUUCCGCGACGACCAGACCAUCCACGACGGGCACGACCGCGGCUACGUGUUUGGCCUGGAGAGCCUGCUCAAGAUCCUGACGGAGAUCCGGGAUGAGAACGCCUGAUGGGCCGAGAACCUCGACCCCCCCCCCCCCCCCUUGUCCGCUGGGGCGGGGGACAGCGCUUCGUCUGUCGUCUUGGCAGAGCCAACGGCAGUCGUCUUGAGCACGCGAAGCAAUUGUACGUUUUGUCAGUCUGCGCCACGGCCCUGUCUGCCGAACGCUGUCUUUGUCAAGCAGGCGGGCGCACAGUAGCUCUGUAAUCGUCACCCUCGACCACCCUGAGUGAGUGUUUGCACGUUGAGCACUUGUGCGAUGGCAGCGUAAGAACUCCCAUGGGGGAUGGUUAUUUUCUUUCCGCAAGAUGUCUUCAGUUUAAAUUUUAGCACGUUGAGUUUGUCAUUAGGUAUCAACAGGGUUUCAAUAGCUACAGACAGGUGACUAAAAAAGAGAAAAAUGAAACAAAAUGUUAAAAUAUUUAAAAUAUUCCAUCUAUUCACGUCAUAAAAAUUAUCUUUGAUUUGCUGUUUGUAAUGCCUAGAUGUUUAUUGUGAUGCCCACAUCUUUGAUUUUAUGAUGUGCCCAGACACUUGAAAUGCUGGCAUUUAUGGAUUCCAAGUUGACAAUUUUUUCACUUUGUCUCACUGAAGCAAAUGUGUUUCAGGAAAUUUUCACUCAGGAUCUCCGAUUAGCACGGUUGGCUACGUACGGUGCGAAAGAAGUUCAACAUACAUAUAUAGCUGAAUGCGUGUGAAAGUGUUUUUGACAUGUUUGAAAGGCCAGAAACAAUGUGUGUUAGAAGGCUGUAACAAUCCUUGCAGGCCAGCAAGCAGGGGACUUCAUCACCAACUUUAUUACCCGAUUAAUUGUGUAAUAGAAAUUGGCAGAAUUACAAUACCAACUUUGUUUUUUUAAAGUUAGGUUUGGAUAGAAAAUGUUAAUUCACUUGGUCAUUUUUCAAUGUGGAACAUCCUUGGAUAUAUGCUGCAAGAAUGCUGGAUAGGUUCGAACUACUAUUUUGGAGACAGGCACUAAUCACUUCACUAGCCAUGCAUUUUAAUACUACAACAUUUUGCUGAAGAUUGUUUGCCAGUGUACCAAUAUAAAACGGCAAGUACAAGGGUAAGGACUGGUGGAGCUUUCUGGAAUUGACUGGAAUCGUUACCAAGAGAACUUACAUCAUCAAAAGCCCCAAUGGGUUUUCUGAAAAGAAUUAGGAGGCAAAAUAUAACGACAUAACUAUAACAUUGGCACAGCAGAUUGUUAAUAUUGUAAAAUUGGUCGGUCUGCAAUAAAAAUACCUUUAAAUUGCCAAAUGUUUUCAAAAUUAUUGCGUACCUAGACAUGAUCACAGGACCUUUUAUUGAUCUGUGUACAUGUUUGUGUAAUUUACAAGAAAGUAUGAACCAUCCAAAAAUUUCCUCAAUACAAGGCUAAGUAUAAACAAAAUUCAUGCAUUUGUGAUCUCUGAAGAUACACACAUUCAAUGCUGUGAGAAUUGUGAACCAUACAAAAUGGAAAUUACAACACAGUCCUAAUUGGAUACAAUAGGGCAAAGUAUUGCUUUGUUCUCACAAAGGUCAGCGCUGCAGUAUUGCUUGUGAUUCGUGCUGCCCCCGCUGCCCUUUGCAUGUAAUGAUUCUCGUGGACCCACUCGUUUUUGUGAUCUGCCUGUUCUUGGUUAUUUUGUUAUCCUAAAAUUAUAUGAGCAUUAGAUUUGCAUACAUAUCAAUCUUGGUUUUACAUUCAUUAUUGAAAUCAUAUUAGUAUAAGAUGUAUUUCAUUAUUUUUAUGUCGAGUCUGCACAACUUUGGCUGAAAUACUACACGAUAUUUGGGUAAGCAGGCAACAGGAUUUGCUGUAAUUCUUGACCAGCCUUCCCAUUGAAUUACAUUUUUGUGAACAUGCCGGCCAUAUGCAUUCGGGAUGCGUUUAGGAUAUAAAUGUCUGGAUUUUUAAGGACAUUCUCUGAUCUCUUUGGCAUUUCUGGAUCAUGUACCUUCUUUUGUAUUUGUAUCUUCACAGCCACACAAAGUGAUUUCACUCAAUGCUGGUGGCAGUUGGCAGAAGUGUCACCUUGGUGUCAUCACUUUACGUUUUGGAAUCAUAAUAAAAACUCAAUCACCAGAAAUUAGCUAUGUAUGCCCCUAAAAAUCUCGGGUUUUUUCAUAUUCUAAAAUUGUAAGCACAUUCCCAAUAUGCAUAUCCAUAAUAACUACCAUGGACAACACUCGCAAAAAUGUUUUUCCAUGUGAGUACCUUUCCACUUGGCAUAAAAACAAUAUUUGUUGCAUUUCCCCCCAAUAUUUGCAGGACGGAUGGGAAUGACCUUCGAAUUCUCGGUUGUGUUAUCUGCCAAGCAAUUUAAAGUAAUAAACUUUACUUUAAAUUAACUGAAGAGUUUCAGUAACCUUUACCCAAAAGGUUAUUUCUAUUUGAAGGCAUGUCUUCUUUUUUACUGCCAAAUAAUGAUUCAGCUGCAAAAAUGGCAGUGUUUUAGCCCUGGCCAAUUUCAUGAAAUACAUCUUAUAAACUAUUCUUUGGGUCUUUCGGUAAAGCCACGUAGAUAUAAUUUUUUUUCUAAAUAAUAACAAUAUCACUACGUUUCGUUCGCAACACAAGCAAACUGUAUUGAAAUUCAUCUGUAAACAUUUACCUCCCUGUUAUCAAUCAAAGCACUAGAAGAAGGUGUCUGAUGUCAAAACGUGUUGAUCGUUACUAUAGAUGAGGUUUACCAAACAUUGUUUCCUUUGUACCAGCUAUGGACAUAACAGAAGUUGUUCUACAUUGUGAUUGACGGGCUUUGCGCACUGGUUAAGUCACAUUGUGAAGAUGGGCUGUGUGGCUCAAAAAGCAUUUAGCUGACAUAUCUGGCUUGUGUAAAUGUAAUGGUUCCCAAAAGAACAUCUGCUUUGGCAAUGCAUGACUUCUCCAAGACAUUUUUAUAGCAGUUGUCAACCACAGCCCAAGUGUUAUUCUGGCAGAUUGCUUCAAACAUUAGUUUCGCUUUACAGAUUAGAACGUUGAUAGGCGUUUAAAACAAUGAAUCUCACCAUUGUCAUGAACACUGCUUUUUAACUGUAAAGUUUCUGGCAUUGUUCCUUCUUGAGGGCUGUUGCCCGAAUUAUCAGCUGUGUGUUUUUACUUUCAGUUGCAAGGCAGUGUUAAUUGUGUGUGCUCUCUGCGUGUACGUAUACACCACUGCCAUCAUAGUCAAGUUUAUUUUAAUGCAAUUAUUGACACCGUUUCUAAAUGUAUGCAGCCAACCCCCCAUUAACUGUUUCGCAUAUUUGUUUUAGGCAACAGAUGCUCUUUUCUGAUUGUUAUGGAAGUCUCAACCCGCUGGUAAAAGUGUUGAGCAUCUUCACGGAGCGUCAUGUCACCACACACAUUUUGCGUUGUCUAGUACUGUACUUGGCAAGUAUAAGAGUAUGCACCGGUGUGGGUGAUGUGGUUAUUGUAAGCAAUAUCAUAUUAGCUGUUCUUGUGAACUAGCAGUGCAACACAAUUGUCAUGCUCAGGAAUAACAAGUCAUAAUAAGUGUAUCUGAAUGACAGCUUUAAGCACCUGCCCAUUGGUGGUAGGUAGAUGGAGGUUCAGGUAUUAAUUUACUUUUUAUGACAUUGCUGGACCUUAGUUAAAAUCUGAAGGUACCUUGAUCAUUGUCCACCUUGAUCAUUGUAAAUUCACAAUUUCACUCUGGAUGGGUGUUGUUUGAAUAAAAAAUAGGCGUCUGUAUAAAUACAGAUUGUGCUAUGGCCAUAUGUUGUAAAUGUUCUGGUUCAUAUGCACUUUUUCACUGAAAUGCUAAUAUGCAGAUGUUGGAGUGGCUGUACAAUGUGUGGGGUAGUUCAUAUUGAAGUGGUUUAUUUUGAUGUAGGAAUGAUGCAAGCAUUUGAAUACCCAGUCUGUUAUUCGAAGUGAGGUGUGAUUAGUUCCUGUGUGUUUUCAGUACUGUAAUGCUUGAGAGUAUUUGCAAGGUACUUUGCACGUGCCAAUGCACAAGCUCUCGUUCACCUGCACUCGUAUAGUAUUUCACAAUUGUUUAAACGUUUUACUUUGAUCAUGCACCUAUUAGAAAAGCAUUUAGACAAUCGGAAUACAAAUGAGAAUGUCUGCAUGACAAUGUUAAUGUUUAAGUGUGCAGUGUUUGUGAAAAGCAAGUGCAUAGCUGUUUUUUAUACUUCAAGCUCAUCUGUAGGGAGUGCAUUUCAUGAUGACAUCACGGGUUUAGUGUGUAGGGUCCUUAUGUUCUCUAAACCAUUGAGUUCUAAAUGAUCCAGUGGCACACGGGUUGUGUCUGACGGUUCAUCCAGAGACUGGCACACAAACAAUUAUUGCUUAGGAGCCACCAAUAAGAUGACACACGUUCUUUGAAAUGCCUAAAUAAUGGCAUUAGAACGUGGUGCCUGGGUUAGCCCAUUCUGCUUCCCUUUAACAGAGCUGAGUUGCAAGCAUCUCACACUUCAACCUAGAACGGAAUGUCCUUGGUGUACUACUGUCAGUUGAAAGAGAACAGACACUUCCCUGUAAUACAUUAACACCCCCCUCUUAUGCUUUGACUGCCACUCCCGGCCAAAAAUUUACAAUUUUUUCGGUCAAUGAAUAAGCUGAUUUGAAAUUUGGCUGUUAACUUUUCCUCCUCGUGUGCACUGUUUCUUGGGGACUUUUCCACGUCAUGCUGUAUGCCACAAUGUGUUGAUGAAUGAAACAUAUCACGAUUGUAAUCAAGAUUCCCCUGCAUUCUCAUUAACCCAGUUAGUUUGUGCGAUUAUUAAACUAUAUCAUUGGCACGUACUCUACUGUAAUUGACCCAACAUGAAUUGCGCCUGGUAAAUAUGAAAUGUAUUAUCUCCGAUUUGCUCGGUUGCCUACGUACGGUGCGAAAUAAGUUCAACAUCCAUACAUCCUAACUGGCCAUAAGGAUAACGCGUCCAUUGUGUUUAGAAUAUCUUCUGCGGUGCUGACGAAUCUAAAACGCGUAUAAGUCCAUUUCAGGUCGCAUUGAAGGCGUUUGUGUAAGUCGGCGAAUGUUUGACACAAUGGUGACCUGGUAAUUUGAUUGGCAAAGUUGUCGUGGAGUGCAUUGUACAUGUGACCAAUAGCAGGUGGGCCACGUGUCCUCUUGCAGGCUUGUUAAUUGAUUGACUAGUUGCGUUCAAGUGCUUCACUGGAUUAUUUUCUUAUAACACGCACUGUCAUGUAGUGUUGCUUUAGCUACGUGUGACAUCACUUGUAAGUGUCUAAAAAGAAUUAUGUAUUAAGAUUAAGCUGAACUUUUUGCUAAAAAAUUCCCUGUUUACAAGGGAUUUUUUUUCUUUACGGUCCAAAGUAUGGAAAUUUUUUGUGUGCUACAUUUCCUGUUAAUUCAAUCAAUUUUAUAUCAUCGUUGAAAAGGUGAAAUGUUCAUUGGAUUAAAUAUAUCAACUGCUAAGCGUUAACUGUUGGGUUUUAUUAAGAGGUCUUUAAGUAGUUAUGCUUUUUUUCCAGGCCAAUAUGUGCUGUUGAGCUUUACGUUAAAAUGUUAUGCACUAUUAAAUGCCCACUCUUGAGUUUCAAAAUAUUCAAGAAUAUCAGUGUAGAAGGAACCUGUUUAUCCUGUAAUGGGUAAUUUAUAUAUUUUGAUCAUAAUUCAAAGGGCAUUUGAAUCAUUGUACUGCCAGACACCAUUGAGUUGAUUUAGUUUUAAAACGCGAGAAGAAUGACGACAAUGCUUUGAAGAAUUUUUUGGCGGACGUCUUCAACUGAAGUGAAACGUAUGCAGUGUUGCAACUUAAGAAUACAGUAACUGUAAGUGUUUAGUGGUUAUGUAUAUUUCCAACGCGCUUCUUGGCACCACUCAGAGCCUACAUCAUCGUACGGAAUGCGCAAUAUUUAUAUCACUCAGAGGACAAGUUGAGUGGGGAAAUGUAAUGGACCAAGGAAACUACAUCCGUAUAUAUAUCUAACGUGUUCUACAAUGGUGCAGCUUUCUUCACGACCUGGAGAAAACGCUCAAAGUCUCUCGGGAGACUAACAAGAGUACACUUAUUCAUAUUCUACGUUUUAUUGAAUGACUUGAGAAUGCUGGAAGACGAGCGUCUGUCUCAUGGGCUUGUCAACAUGGAGGCACAGCAUUCAUUUCACCAAACGGUCCUGUCUCUUGAGUCUUGGAGUUGUUACGCUUACAUUUUGCAAUUGAUUACUUUUGUGCGUGUAAUUUCUUCACUCUCCCUUUCGAAAUAGAUGCGUUCACUUGAAUUCGUGGCUUCGUUGGACAUUUCAUUCUCUAGAAAUAGCCCCGAGAGUCGAAACGGAUCUGUCGCAUUCAAAGUAUCAGCAGACGUGGAUGUUGUCUUAGCUGCUGGGGUGUACUAUACAAAUGCAAUUCAUUCUAAGGAGCGUUUCUCGAAUGAUUAUUGAUAAGACGGAAAUUAAGAAAGUAUAUACCUGUUUUUUAUGCUUUUGGUAAAAACUAUUUUAGAUGUGUAUGAUUUAUGAAAAUAGUGUUACUUUGAUAUGUUUCGCUCGAUGUAUAUUGGUUGUAGAAAUUGAUUGUCAAUUACUGUUGAAGCGAUUGUGAAUCGUAAAUCGAGGCCAAUCCAGCCGGACGUCACGUGGCGUAGUGAGCAGCCUCUGUCCGAGCCCUCCGUGUUGAGACUCUUCUCGUCAGCGUGCCGCGUCGUCUUGGCUUUAUGUCAGAGCCCCUCAGAGGGGGGCCACGCAAGGACCAAUCUACAAAUAUCGAGCUGUGGAAUGCUUUUAUUCUCUUCUCUUCCCGUUGACUCGUUACUCUUAAUGGCUCUCGUUUUGACUGGUGUGGUUUAUAUACCUGAUCAUUUUGCACUCGUGUUACGAAACAAGUGUUGCCUACAACAUACUUUACGAUCUAAAAACAUUAAGUGCAUUGUUACAUAUUGUUACACUUCCUGUAAGACGAAAGCAAAUUAUCAGCAUUUUCAACCCUAAGAAGUGUAUCACAUUAUUGGGGUUAACCUUGCAAUUAAUUGUAACACACUUGUAAAAUAUCUGCAUAGUUUAAAACAUGCAGUAGCUAAUUUCACUUCCUUUAGCUAUAGGUACAUACAGCAUAUGUAUCCCUUGAUUAAUCUGAUAAUACAUCUUCCUUCAUUUCUCUCGUCUAUUUACACACUGAUGGUAAACCCCAAAAUAUUUUACUGCACAUUUGUGGCCUAUACAAGCGUGUUGUUUAUGCAGAACAUAUCUUGUGUAUUUCAGUGUGCUGGCAUUGAUUUGAAUAUAUAAAAUAUGUAAUCGCUGAUGUGUGUGUUUUGUGUUUUAUAUGUAUAUGUGUGUAUAUACAUAUAAAUAUAUUUGCAGUAAUGUAUUUUUAUCCCACUGAACCAUUGCUGGUCUAUGGAUGUGUGCUUAGAUAUCAGACAUGCCACUGACAACAAUACACAAAGUUUCUUGGAAUUUUGCACUGCAGUCAGCUCUGGUGACAACAACAUUGUCACAUGCAGCCACUAAAUACCGGAUCCCAACGUUCAAAUCCACUAGUUCACUUCAAGCUUUGUGCACUUAAAACACAAGUUAUCACGUUUGUUAUUUAUUAAAUACAAUUUAUCAAGUGUUUUAUCGGUUGGUGUAGUGAGCACUGAACACAGUUUAAAAGCUUAAAAAAUCGCAAGUCUUGUGUUGUAAGUUUGCAAUAUUUAAGCAAUUGGUUCCUCAACCGCAAGCCAUUAACAAGUGUUGGACUCUACGGAGGGAUUUAAGGAAUGGAAAUCGAGUAACUGGUUGGAGUAUCAAUUACGAUCUGUAUAAUGCACAAAUGAUUGCCUGUUUACUUCCUGCCUUGUCACUCGAGAUUGUGAAUGUGGGAAACUGGCAUGCAAGCUACUUUUCCAGUGAAAACAUCACUUACAUAAAUAGUAUAACUCGUGUUUUACACUGGAGUUAAAAUUUAAAUGUGCCACCAUUUCAACAAAUUCAGCAAACUUGUGAACAUUUCAAUUUGUUGAUAAAUUAGACGGCCCCAUUUAAAUAUAGUUCAAAAUAUCCGUCACCAUUGUACAUAUUGAGAAAAACAAUAAUCGUAUACUGUGAUGGAGUAGCAUUUAAAUUCCCAAAGGCACCGAGCUGAAUGGGCAAGUCUGAUGUGAUUGUAUCAUAUGUAAAAAUGCAGAUUCUAAUGUAUACUUUUGAACGUGUAUGUAGAAAAAGAAAACAUGGUAUUUUAUGAAUUUCAUUAGCACAAAGUGGUCAUCAAUUCCAUUUGCAAUGCAUUUGAUGGGACAAAGUUUAAAAAUAAUGCAAUGUAUUGUCUAUUGCAGUAUAACUAAUGCAAUGUAUUGUCUAUUUUUAGCAGUUUUAUUUCACAUGUACGUUGCUGUGUUUGCUGUAGCCAUUAAUGUUUGCCUAUUAUCUAACGCAUUUAGCACUAGCGCUGGUGAUGUUCUGUAAGCAUAUCCAAAUCCAUUAAUAAAUGCAUUUAAUUCA